AUGGCGACUCCCAGUUCACAGUUCCCUUCACCUCCGCGAACUGAAGUGGUCUCAAUUGCGCCUCUUCUCCAGCGACUCGCCUACCCCGCCACGGAUGGCCUCCAAUUAAGCGCUCAAAAGAUCGCUGCUGUCAGCGCAGAGGAAAUUGCUUCUGCAUUCGCUCUGAUCUUCGAAGAUGGCCUCUCUCAUAUCCAGGCCGCUGCGCUCCUCACAUUGCUGCAUUCAACCGGCAAAGAUAGAGAGGCUGAUGUGAUUGCCAAGUGCUCCCAGUGUAUGCGUGACGCUGCCCUUCAAGUACCCAAGGGUCCUCUCAGGAAUGUCCUCAAAUCUCGUGGAACUAAGGAGGGAAAAUACAUGGGUGGAUUGUGUGAUAUUGUCGGAACCGGAGGAGACUCCCAUUCGACCUUCAACAUUUCUACGACCUCAUCAAUUGUUGCUUCGCCUAUCUUGAUGUCCGCCAAGCAUGGUAACCGUGCCCAGACAUCGUUCUCUGGAUCCGCAGACGUACUCAAUGCCAUCGUACCCAUACCACCAAACCUCACUGCCAUCACCAACGAGAAUCUCCACCGGGUCUACGAAAAAACAAACUACUCUUUCCUGUUUGCCCCCAACUUCCACAAGGGAAUGGCAUACUCGAACCCUGUCCGGAAGGGUCUUGGUAUCCGAACCAUUUUCAACCUCAUGGGCCCACUAGCAAACCCUGUAGACUGGGCCAUUGAAGCUCGCGUCGUUGGUGUCGCAUACCAGAGCCUUGGUCCCGUGUUCGUGGAAGCUCUCAGACAAACCGGAGCGAAGAAGGUCCUUGUUGUUUGCGGCGAGGAAGACAUGGACGAAAUCAGCUGUGCUGGCAAGACGAAUUGCUGGAGACUUUUGGAAUACCCUAACCCCGACUACAAGGAGUCAGGAGAUCACGAUCACGAUCACGGCGAUGAAUCAAGUGACGAUGAGGCCGAGAACCCCCGCACUAUCGUCAAAAUGGAGACCUUCCAGCUCCAUCCCUCGGAUUUUGGCUUCUCUCCCAACCCUCUCAGUGCCGUUGGAGGCCGUAAGAUGCCCAAGGACAACGCUGCCAAGUUGAUGAGUAUUCUGCGGAACGAGCUUCCCCGGGACGACCCAAUCUUGGAGUUUGUCCUCAUGAACGUGGCUGGUUUGCUUGUUACUUCGGGCGUGUGCGAGUCUGACACUAGUAACAUGGGCCCAGGUGAUGAUGGCCAGGUUAUCACCGAGCGUGGUCCCGGUGGUGGUCGCUGGAAGGAAGGUGUGCGUCGUGCUCGCUGGGCAAUUGAGAGUCUCCAAGCUUUGAAGUGUUUGGAGGAUUUCAUUGAGAUCACUAACCAGCUGUAA